AUGGCAUUUACAAUUUCAUCACCUACACGUCGUGUUCAUUAUCAAUCUCAAAUAUAUAAUAAUCCACCAUCAUUAAGUCACAGUUUGUCCAUAGGUGAAUCAACAAAUUUAAAUGAAUCUUUUUCUUCAUCAUUUAUAUCUUCCAUUCCAUUAAUAACAAUUAUCUAUUCAAAUUCAUCAUUAUCAAAAGGAACUUGUACAUUUAUUCGACUUAUUUAUGGUGAGAAUCAACAACUACUUCUAAAUAGUUAUGCUUCUUGUCAUCGUUUAUUAGAUCAUAUAAAACCAAUCAUUGGUAUUCAACAUGAUGAAAUAAUUGAUCUUAUGGAUAAUGAAGGAAAAUUAAAAGAAUUACAUACACAUGGUGAUGAAUAUGCUUCACAGUAUCUUACUGGAAGAAAUACAUAUUAUGUACUUAAAGUUGAAAAUGAUACAGCAGUAGGUGAAAAACGUUAUAUACCAAAUUUUAAUCUCGAUCAAAUCGAUCAAAAAAUAUAUUCAAUAUUAACAACUUCAUUAAAUUCAUUAAAUAAAUCAGCAAAUAAAACAAAACGUCCAACGGGAGCAUCAAAACAAAAUACACCAACUCAAAUAACAUCGAAUACAACACAAUCAAAAACAAAACGAACAUCAAAUCGAAAAUAA